GAAAAUUAAAAAACUGGAAACUCGACUGAUUUAACAAAAGAGAGGGGAAAGCGACUCUGGUGGGGUUAUGGUAUCUUCUUCGAAUUUGAAUUGAAUUGAAUUCAAUGGAGAAGAAUAUCUGUUAAUAAGAUAAAAAUGUUAGAAGAAGACGAAGAUUUUCUGGAAUCAGAAACUCAACUUACCGAUGACCAGAAAAUUGAGAUUGCCAAAUGGUUCCUUCUUAAUGCCCCCGCCGGCGAAAUUCAGUACGUCGCCAAAGAUGUUAGAGCCAUUUUAAAGGACGAAAAUAUAUAUAAGAAAGCGGCCGAGGAGUCAUUUCCUUCGUACAACAAAUCUCACUUGAUUUGUCUCGAAUUCCCAAACAGAAGUGGCGAUGUACUGAUUACAUCCUUCAGUGAGGUUGAUAAGGAUGAGUAUCUUGAUCCCCGAACUGCCCAGGUUGCCAGAGUUGACCAUGUCAAGCAAGUUUGUAAAGAUGUUAGGCCAGCAAGAGAUGAAGAACUUCCAUCUGCUUUCGUGGAAGAAUAUAGGUCUGCCAUGGAUGCUGAAAUUAUGAAGUAUGUGAGUGAAACAUAUCCAAAAGGCAUCAGUUCAGUUUACUGUACGAAGGGAAAGGAUGUGGAAGAGCCAGGAUUCGACUUUGAACUUGUUGUGGUGAUUUCAGCUGCUAGGCAUAGUCCUCAGAAUUUCUGCAAUGGAAGCUGGCGAUCAAUAUGGAAUAUUGAAUUUAAGGAUGAAAUUCAAUCUGUAGAAGUGAGAGGCGAGAUGCAGGUUGGCGCACAUUACUUUGAAGAGGGAAAUGUACAGCUAGAUGCAAAACACGAAUGUAAGGAUACAACGCUAAUUCAGUCCCCAGAUGAUUCUGCAUUUUCCCUGGUCAACAUUAUUCGCCACCAUGAGACUGAGUAUCUGGCUUCUCUUCAGACAUCUUACUUGAAAUUGCCUGAUACCACUUUCAAGGACUUGCGGAGGAAGCUUCCCGUUACUCGUACAUUGUUCCCAUGGCACAACACUGCACAAUUUAGCCUUACAAGAGACAUUGAAAAAGAACUUGGAAUUGGAAAAUAGAAACAUUGCACGUCUUUUGUACAAGUUGAACAUGUAUACACCAUUCCUGAUAUGACAAGCGGGUUUACUUGAGAUUGCCGUCUCCAGCUAUUUGUUGUCUUCUCCCUUUUGUGUUCCUUUGAGGGAGGGAUUUUCACUUUCAGUUAUUUUACCAUGUUUGCUAAUGUGUGAACUUCCCCUUAAGUUGUUAAUUUGGCAGUUGGCCUGAGGGAGUUGUGAAGAGUUGUCAAGUACUGAAUGGGAAGUCUUUCUUCAUGGUUUUUAACCUUGGAAUGACUGAACAAUGCUGGUAAAGAAUGAUAAUUUUUAGUUAUUAUAGUGUACUUACUUUUUUCAAAGGUCGAGGCGAAUAUAACCAUCAAAAUGUUCAAACUUUGUUGUAAUUUCAUAUAAUUUGUCUCUUUUAAGAUUUUGUUGGAUCAUUACAUCUGUGAACCUUUGUUUGGAUGGUUGUUAUAUCAUUUAAUAAUUUAUCCUA